AUGACGUCUGCCCAAUCCUUCGGCGGGAUCGGUUUCGGUAUAAAACGCGAAGUGUUUUUUCUAAACCUAGAAGACGGAUAUUUCGGCUGUCAAGUAAACGAAUCGACUGACGUUUUGCAACUGUUCGAACUCUCGAAGCUGUGCGACGGAACGCCUAACUGCUACCUGGGAUCCGACGAACUCGCAAAAGAACUCAAAUGCACAGAUCUUCUAAGUCUUGGCUCUAGUGAAUCUGAUACAGUUUCGAUAGCUGCAGCAAAUGAAUGUGCCGGAAAAAACAAAAAUGAGAUGAAUGCAAAAUCAUCAAAUAAGCGAGGAACUAUAAAUGAAAACUUCCUCACGAAUAAAGAUGAUGGUGAUAUGUCUGAAGAAAGAAUGGAUGUUGAUAAGUCAGAGCUCAGGAGGUCUAUUGCUAAACUUAUAUUUGAAAUGGAUCUUGAUGAAAGGGAAAUUGAGUCUGAAGCUAAGAGGAAUAAGAGUUUGAAGAAUAAGAAGAGCGUCAACGGUAGCAGGAAUUUAAAGAGAAAUUGUGCAUAA